AUGGUUCGACAAAACCGAACUUAUUUUGCAUUUUAUGGUAAUGAUUGUUGGGGCUCAACAAUUGUAUUGACCAAUCGUUGGUACCACUUCGCAUUUGUCUACGAUUAUGCAGCUCUGACACAAUACAUUUAUUUGAAUGGUAUUCUCGAAUGUACACAUAGUUCAUCGAGUCCAUUUCAGGCAACAAGUGGAGCGAUCACUAUUGGAGCGAUUAAUAAUACAGGUACGACACCGGCCUCAUUUUGGACGGGCUACAACGAUCAGAUGGCAUAUGUAUCGAGAGCGAAGACUGCGACAGAAGUUUUAAUGGAUGCAACUCUCGUGGCUUAUUAUUCAUUUGAUGAUGGUUCAUACUAUGAUUCAGGACCAAAGAAGAUCAAUGGAGUACGUCGAAAAAAACAUAGAAACCUAUCUUAUUCAUUUCCUAGAUCAAAGCAUAGAUCUAAAUCACAAAAUAGCUCGAAUGGAACAUCAUGGUGUAUACCCAUGUUAGGUCUGACUUCAUCAAACGAAAUUAUCGCUCAAAGUUGGAAUUCUUUUAUGAUGACUGUCCAAGGUCCUGUUCUUCAGUUGGGCGUGUGGACUCAUAUUGUUACAUCGUACAGUAUCAAUAAUAGCGUUCGUCUUUGGAUCAAUGGGACUCUGAUUGGCUCAUCGACUACAUUUACUUAUGCUGCAUCGAGUUCGCCUGAUUGGAUUACAGUAGGAACAACAUUUCCAGCCGCAAUGUCAUGCGCAUCGGGCAGUAUCUCAACAGGACAAUUCUAUGGAAUGAUAGAUGAAUUGAGAGUUUACUCACGAGAACUCACCUCAAGUGAUGUUUAUGCACUUGCCAAUCCUUAA